UGCGCUUUCUUUGGGGUGUGCAUGACCACUUUUGGCUUGUGUCCUCUCUUUUUAGCCAGUGCCAUGGCCAUUGAGAGGGCUUUGGCCAUCACUGCUCCUCACUGGUACUCACACUACAUGAAAACCAACGUGACCAAGCAGGUUCUGGUCUUCAUCUGGUGCCUCGUUUUGCUAUUUGCCUUAUUGCCCAUCGCUGGGGUUGGAAAGUACACUUUGCAGUGGCCAGGGACUUGGUGCUUCAUAAGUACAGGUGACAAGAACGUAACGGGAAAUACGUUUUUUGCCACGACCUUUGCAGCAUUAGGGAUAUUUUCUUUGCUGGUCACGUUGUCGUGUAACGUUGUGACCAUCCGUGCUUUGGUUAUACGUUGCAAAACGAAGACAACCUCGACCCAGUCUUCCAAGCAAUGGGAGAGGUUAACAACAGAGACUGUUAUUCAGUUGAUGGGCAUUAUGUGUGUGCUGUUG